AUGCCGUGGGUAUGGGUGUGCAGCGAGGCCGAGUGCAGCGGGAGGCGUCUGGGAUGCGCGGCGUGCAUUGCUCGGGGCAUUCAUAAGGGGCAUGAUGUGGAGAAGCUGACAGAUGCGCUUGAUCGGCACCACAAGGAGCGAGUGCAAGUAGUGGAGCAGGUCAAGAAGUUUGCCGGCCAAGCGGCGGCGGCGAAGGAGCUGGCGCGGACGCAGAGGAAGGUACUCGCCAAGGUGGAGACCACGCUCACGGCCAAGAUCACCAAAUCAUUUGACCGGUAUGUCAAGAAAAUCAUAGCCCACAAGGCGAAGGCGCUUGCCGAACUAACGGCGAAGGUCCAGACCGCCAGCAUGUCGCUGGAUACGUUCGAAUCGAUGCUGGUGAAUGAGACGAACAAGCUGGAGGCGGCUGCGGCGCAGAUCGAGGCCAACACGGAGCAGAUUGGUGCGCUGAUCCUGGCCAAGAGCAACAAGCUGGUGAAGGAGAGCAAGCUGGCGCUGACAAAAGCGGCCAAGGCGACGUCGCUCCCGCCGACGUCGGUGACAAUGUCUCGGAGAAAUGCUAGGUUGCCGUCGGUGGAGGUGCAGCUCUCGGCCACACCGGCCUCGAGCCUGUUGAGUUACACCUCGGCGCUCGGGAUCUCCAGCAUCACCGACACUGUUGCCAAAGUCGGGCCCAGCACCAACGGCAUCGUCAUGUCGCGGGGCUUCAAAGACGUUCGGCAUCGGUUCGAGUUUAUGCUGACGCCGCCGUCGGGCGCGCCGGAUGAUGCUGGCUGCAACGUCGGUGUCGGUGUGACGAGUAUGGCGACGUGGGACGCUCAGCUGCGCAACAGCGAGCAAACAAUCAUGUGGGCAAUGGACAAGAUCACAAGCGGCAAGAAGGAGGAGAAGCUCUCGACAACUGCCAAGCUUGCUGCCGGCAAGGUCUGCGCCGUCGAGUACGACCCGCACAGCGGCGAGUUUGCGACGUUUGUCGAGGGUGCGUCGACUGGGAUCCACUUUCAGCGCGUCAUCCGCGGCGACCUUCUCCACUUUAUCUUGUCUGGCGAUGCCAACUGGACCCUUACGUGCGUGUCGAUGACCGCGGUUCCCAGUGUGAGUGCUGCCGCUGCUGGGUCGGCGUUUGCGGCGGUGGGCGAGGCUGCGAUGCCGGCUGGGUAG